UAUACCUUCGAUGUAAUUCUCAUCUGCGCCUGCGUCGAGAAGUUUUUGUUCCUUUUUUCUUUACUUGUUUUCUUCUAUUUUUGUGCGUAUCUCGUAUCCUAAACAGUAUAUCCAUGGCUCAAGACCAGUCAGCACUUCUGCUGAAGAAACAAUUGGCUGACCUGAACAAAAACCCUGUGGAUGGUUUUUCAGCAGGGUUAAAAGAUGACGAUGAUCUGUAUAAGUGGGAGGUAGUCAUCAUCGGACCACAAGAAACUCUCUAUGAGGGAGGCAUGUUCAAAGCAGAUCUGACAUUUACAAAAGACUAUCCACUGAAGCCACCUAAAAUGCGUUUCACAACUGAAAUGUGGCAUCCUAAUAUUGAAAAAGAUGGAUCAGUUUGCAUUUCGAUUCUGCACGAGCCUGGAGAUGAUAAGUAUGGGUAUGAAUCAGCUUCAGAAAGAUGGCUGCCUAUACAUACAGUAGAGACAAUCAUUGUUAGUGUAAUCUCAAUGUUGGCUGAACCCAAUGAUGAAUCACCUGCAAAUGUUGAUGCUGCAAAAAUGUGGAGAGAAAGAUAUGAUGAGUUCAAACGUGUAGUUGCAAGAACUGUGAGAAAAAGUCAAGAAGAUGUUUAAUAUUUGUUGAAUUAGCUUUUAAAUAAUUUCUCAUUUGAUAUGGGAGUUAGCACAUGUCAUCAGGGAUUUAAAUGCAAUAUCUCCAAGAUUGUAAACCAUGCCUUCAGCAGUACAGCCCGGAAUUUCCAGGAAUAUUAUAUAUAGAAUAAUAUUACUGUGUUGUACUAUAUAUAGAAUAAUGUUACUGUACUGUAUGCAUGGGUCUCAGCUUUGAUAUGCCUGUGCCCUUACUGCAUUGUAGAAAGAUUGUCGUUGACUCCUGCAGGGAUGGUGUUGUAAGCAUUUUGGUGCACAAAGAAAUAAGUGGUAUGUCUGUUAAGAAAAUAUUGUUACUUACGUAUAAUAUGUGUCUCCCUACAAAUUUCUGAUAUUUCAAGGAAAGAAGAAUUGAUUGAGAGAUAGUAAAAAAUAUGUCUAGUUAAGAGAAAUUUAAUGUUAUUUGUACAGAGUGACUUUCACAGAAUAUAAUAUUCAUUCAAAACAUUGCUACAUCACUAUUUUAUACAUUUUGCUAGUAACACUUGAGGUGUUGUCUUUUCUUUGUGCAGUACGGUAACACUUCUUGCACCAAAGAGUAAAUUUGUUUUGAGGAACUGUGUUGCAUAGCUUAUCUUCAAAUUUAAAUGCGUGGAAUUUUCAUUUUUGUUGUGCCAUCUGUAUAUUUAAAAUUUUUGGGUCCGAGAUUAUAAAACUGAGAUUUGAAACCAGUCUAAAAACUCCAGCAUCUGAUUGGUUGUUUCUGAGCACACUUUUAAAAUUGCCCAAUGGUAGGGCUUCAUUCCUAGACUGGUCUCUGAACUCAAGUUUAAUAACUUUGGGAGAUGUAGCUUAUUCUGGAUUUUAGCAGUUGCCAAGUUCAGAUUGUUUUCUUUUUACUGUCCAGUGUUAGAGUAAAGUUUAAUUUAUGUCUCCCACCACACAGUGGUGUGGGAGACAUAUUGAUUUACUCCAGUCUGUGUGUGUGUGUGUGUCUGUCUGUCACAAAGCUUGUCUGCAACAUUUCUCAUCCGAUUUUCACCAAACUUGAACAAAAUGUGUUUGACCAUAAGACCUCGGUCAAGUUCGAUAACUAGCCAAAUCAGUCCAGGCAUUUUAGAGUUACGGCCCUUGAAUUACCGAAAAAAUCCGUCUGUUUACUCUUGUCCGCUCUCUAAGUCAAACAUUUCUCAUCCGAUCUUCACCAAACUUGAACAAAAUGUGUUUGGCCAUAAGACCUUACCCAAGUUCAAUAACUAGCCAAAUCCGCCCAGGCACUUUUGAUUAAUGGCCCUUGAAUUACUGAUUGGAUCCACUCAUCCAGACCAUCUAAUUGGAUUCACUCGUCUAAAACAUCUAGAGAAACUAACAUUUUUCAUAUGGGCAGUUGUGGGAGACAUGCGCUUUUCUCAAAAGCAUCUCUAGUUUGAUCCAACAUUUAUCUGAAAAUGGAUUUCUUCACAUCCUGAAAUGUGUUGCACUUGCUUUCUCCUGAAUAUACAGUUGAAAUAUCUUCUUGCUGAUGCAGCUAGAUUUGCUUAGCUUUUUACAUUUCAGAGUGUGAAAUGAAAUUGUUGGAAAUUCAUGUUGUUGGUGAAAAAUGUAUAUUCCAGUUAACAAAUAUAAGUUUGUUUGCGAAAGUUCAGUUUCACAAGAUGUAAAUAAACACCAGAUAUAAAAAUGGGAGGACUUGAUCUGGUGAUCAGUAGGAAGAGCGUAGAUCUACCGAUUGUGGGGUCUUGAGUUCAAUCCUGGGGAGAGGCGUAUGUUCUCUGUGACGAUUUUAUGAAAGAAAUUGUGUCUGAAAUCAUGCGUCCUCCACCUCUGAUUCAUACAUGUAGGGAAGUUGGCAGUUACUUGUGGAGAACAGGUUUUAACUGGUACAAAAUCCAGGAUUAAGUUAUUGCAGAAAUCUCUGAGCUGUUGCAUCUGAUUGAUCUUUUCGUUGUACAGUCUUAACCCUUAGCAUACUGGACACGAUUGGUUCUGCCUUUGCGACCAAUGUAGAUCUUGAUCAGUCUGCACAUCAUGCAGUCUGAUCAAGAUCUGCACUGUUCACUAUUCAGUCAGUACCUUUUUGGUAAGCACCCCUUUAACAGUUAAUGGUACUGUCCAGAUUGAAAGCUGGAUAAGUUCAUCAUAGAAAUUUAGCAGGUUAAGGGUUUAAAAUCAACCAGUGACAAGCUCGCAUUCUGGGACUGGUCUUUAAUCUGAGUUUUAUGAUCAUGGAAUGGUACUGGACGUUCUAAGGAAGCAAACUAAAUAAUGAUUCAUAUAAGCUUCAAGCGUAACUUGACUUAUAAUUGAGUUAACAUAAAUUUGGAAUAUGGAACUUGGAAACUUUAAUCUUUCUCUACAACUCUUGGUAAUUAAUAACCUUUUGAAACUGAUGUUAUCAAGCUAGGUGCUGCACUGCCAAAUUCAGUUAGUUAAAAUAAAUCUCUGAGUUAGUUUUGACUCCCAUUCUUGCACAUGCUUGUGUAUCACACGUAAUUUUCAAAUUUUUAUUUUGUGAAUAAGAAAAUCUUGUUAACUCCUUUAGGCUUUGUUAAGAUUGAACUUCAUGACAGUAUAUGUAUUUUUUUGUUGAGAGCGUUAAGAAAGGAUGGGAUUUAUUUCUAAAGAUGAAUCAUUUCAUUAUUGUUAAAGAGAGUUUGUGAUUUUAUACUUGCAUGGCUUUGUAUAAGAUUUUUUUCCUAUAACUGCAGAAGUGUCAAAAGAUUGCAAGCUUGAUAAAAUAAGCCUUAUUAUGCAUUCAUCUGAACCAGUAAAUGUAAAGUAACCUGUUGAUUUACCUGUAGCAAGCAAUUUGAUCAAAGUUAUCUGUAAAUUAUAGCAGACCCUAGUUUUUAUAUCUUGAACAGUCAAUCAAUUGAAGAAGCAAAAAAUGGCCUUUUAAACUGAUUGUUGCUAACUACAGUUCAUCCCAGGGUUGAUUCUGCUUUUGCGACCAGUGUAGAUCAUGAUCAGCCUGCACAUCGGUGCAGUCUGAUCAUGAUCUACAAUGUUCGUCAUUCAGGCAGUAUCUUUUAAGUAAGCAACCCUUUUAACAGUUAAUGGUGCUGUCCAAAUUGAAAGAUGAAACUGGACAUGGUAGAGUUGGCUGCUAAAUAGAGAACACUUACACAGGUUUGACUGUAACGGGAUUUUUUACAUGUACAAAUAUGAUAUCACAACCUCUCUAUAGUCUACAUUAUUUUGUUAUUAACUUUAUGUUGAAGUACACAUUAUAACUUAAGUGCUGUUUAGGUGUUGUAUUGGCAACAUCCUUAAUCUUGUUACUUUCAGAAGUAAGUAUUAAACACAGUGCUUGUAAAGAAGUAAAAGCAUGAUUUUAACAGCUAUAAAAACUUUAUUUCUGUGGGAAAUAAUAUUGUACUAUCACAUACAAAUACUUUACCUAAAUUUUUAGAAACAGUCUACCAGUUCUUCAAAAUAUUUUCAGUGUACUCGCUUUUGGUUGCCAUUGUUAAUCUAACAAAAACAUGAUCUCAUAAGAACUCAUUUGGUAAAUGACAUGUUUUGAUUGUGUGGUAUAUUUUGAUGUGUACAUGUGCUUAUCACCAAUGCACUUAACAAAAGUCUCAGUUGGCUAGGUUUUUACAGCCUUAACCCAAAGAUUUUUUUUCAAUUUCAACCAUAUCCUGUUAUUAAUAGAACAGAAUAUCCUGUUAUUUAUGGAUCAGGUGUCCAUUAGACUAACUAAUAACUGAUGGGGAAGGUUUUGAGAGUACAUGUAACAUAUCUGUACAAUAAUUAAAUAUUUGAAAUUUCAUUUCUGAAGAAAGAUUUAACUUAAAAGAAUUUUUAAGGCCCAAAAAUUUUGUUUGAUGUUUUGAAUUGUACUGCUAACACUGCUGUUAGUAGCAGAUACGUUAAGACAAUUUAUUGCUCUUUUUAAGCCAGUUGACUACAGCUGACAAUAAUUCACGAUUCUAAUAAGGUAGUUUAUACGUUAUUUGUAGAUCUUGAAGAUUUCCUUAAAGUUAUAAAAUACAUAAAUUAUGUAAAGUAAAUAUGUAUAUGAGUAAACCACUGACCUCCUGGUAGUUUUGUUGAAGUGUAGCUUGGCAAAUAAUUAAUAAUCUGUGAUAAAACUUCUGCAGAGGUAUGUUGUAAAACUAGCCUUUAGUUUGUAAGAAUCUGUCACUGGUUAUAACUGCGGAUAGGAAUGUCUGGCUGGUUGCUAACUGUUUGGGCAUUUGUUAAGAAAUUUAAGAAAUAAAACAAAUGACUUUCUUUUAAGCACUGCUUUCUUAUAGUAGUUUAUAAAUAUAAGUUGAGUUUGUAAGGAUGUCAUUUACACAAGUGUCGUCCUACAAUUGCCUUAAAGGCAGGUUUAGCUAGCAGCAGUUGAAACGCCAGAAACUCAUGACAGUAGUUUAUGUAUGCAAGGAUAUUGACUAAUAAAUGUUUUUGAAUUUUCCCUGUGCAAGUCCAUGAAGCUCAGAAGCACUGUAAAACAUCUAAGUUAUGUCCAAAUAACAAAGUCAAUAUUGUUUAUGCUUAUUUACAUGAAAAACUUUAUUCCAGUUUUUACUUCUAAAGUGUGUUAUUGCCCAGCGUAUUUAUGUUACAUGUGUGUUUUAUUGCCAUUCUAUAUAUACUUGAGAAUAUCGAAGCUUUAAACACGAACUGCCAGCUGUGAAUAUUACGUCUAAUGAUAAAAGAUUAUUGUACCCAAGUGCUUAUUUCAUUUAUUUUGUACAUUAUCUUGAUUGCAUUUCUCUCCAGUAUGUUCAUAUUAAAGCUUCAUGUCUUCAGAUGUAUGUCAGACCUUUUAGAAUUUCUAAUAGCCUUUCUUAAACCUUUAGCCUGCUGGAGGAAAGUGAUGCAGCCUUUGCGACCAGUGCAGACCAAGAUCAGUCUGCACAUCCAUGCAGGUUGAUCUUGGUCUGCACUGUUGACUUUUCAGUCAGUAAAUUUUCAGUGAACACCCCUUCGAAUAAUAAAUGGUACUACCAAAAUUGAAUGAUGGAACAGUCUGUUAUUGAAAUUUGGCAGGGUAAAGGUUGAUUGCAGUUGGAAGAAAUUGUUACGUGAUUCUGUGUAUUUUAGGAACAUUUUAUCUACACUUUUUGAAUCAAAAAAAUAAGUAGAAAACACAUGAUGAGAACAUUUGUUAUGCUAUUGAAAUGUUACACAAAAUAUGAGGAAUUCAGCUGAAGUUUGUAUUUUACACAUUAAAAACAGCCAAACUUCUUUCGCUCGAACUUGAAUAAUUUGAAAACCACCUACCGCUGGAAGUCAUCAUUAGUACCUGGCAUAAUGCCUAAACAAUGUAUAUUGUUUGAUGGCUUGAACUAUAAAUAACUCGAACAAAUUUUGCCAGUCCUGUUAAGUUAAAGUGAAGUUUGACUGUAUGUAUUUAAAUAUAUUUAGUAUCAACUGCUAUCUGUUUUAAAGACCUUUGAAAAUUGAUGUUGAUCUGGAGGCAUGUCCCUUUAAAUUUUUAGUUUGACUAUUUGAAAGUUUACACAUAGUACAGCUUUUUAAACACCCUUUCAUUGAUGACCGCUUCACAAAAGGUUUAACUUUGGCAUGUAAGGGUAUUUGUCAGGAAAUACUUGACCAGAUGUUUUCAGAUUCUCCAUGCAUCUUUGGUAUCGUGGAAUGACCUCACUUGCCAAGUUUCAAUUAGCAAAAUUAUGGCCCUUUUUCAACUUGUAAAAUUUUGCUAAAGCUUUUGUAUGUAAGUUAGUCAGUUGGUAGAAGGGCUUCAAGUAGACAAGCGCUCUGUUAUCAGACAGCACUUGUUAAACAUGUAAGAUGACUGUUAAGGAAUCUGGUCUCCUUUGUGUCAGAGUAAAUUAGAUUGUCAAGGUAAUAAAUAUACUAGAUAUGCAACAUUUUGAGGUUACACUACGAAGCGUUUCAGAGAUAUUUGUGAAGCAAGUCAUUGUGUUCAUGUUUAAAAUAAUUUCAUAUACCAUGUGCUGUUGUAAUCUGAGCCUUGCCAUGAGAAAACCAACAUAGUGGCUUUGCGACCAGCAUGGAUCCAGACCAGCCUGCGCAUCCGCGCAGUCUGGUCAGGAUCCAUGCUGUUCGCUUUCAAAGCCUAUUGCAAUUAGAGAAACUGUUAGCGACCAGCAUGGAUCCUGACAUCCGCGCAGGCUGGUCUGGUUCCAUGCUGGUCGCAAAGCCAAUAUGUUGGUUUUCUCAUGGCGUGGCUCAACUAUUUUUCAAGUUAUUUUGAGUUUGAUAUUGUGCAUGCCUGUAUUUCAUUGUGUGUUGAAUCUGUCUGUAGAUAAAAUUUCCUUUAGGGUACAAAAUAUUUGUUUUUACCAUUAGACCUCUUCACCCGUUGCCAAUUUUAGACAGUUGAUUAUAGUCACAUUUAAAAAUAUAUAUAUAUAUAUAUAUAUCUCCCUACUUACACGAGUGCUUUGUUUUUGCAGUAUAACCUCGUUUACUGCUUACCCCAAACAAUAGAGGCAUCUUGUAAUGAAAAGUACCUUCAAGAAAAAAAAAAAAGAGAGAUUUCUGAGAAAAGUAAUAGAACUAAGCAUGCUGGAAGUUUAUGCUGAUAAAUAUGAAGAAUUUGUUCUCAGCAAGGCAUUUUAUAUUUGAAUGUCUUUUCAGAUAUAUAAAAUUUUACAAAAAACUGUUUAGUUUCUUGAACAGAAGAAUUUAAGAAUUUUUUUAUGGGGUGGGGGGCGGGUGCAUAUUUACAGCAAGUAAAUUUGUUGUUUUCUAAAAAGCAAAUAUUUUAAGAUCUCUCUGUGUGUUAGCAUCAUUAAGUGGGUGUAGGAAGGAUGCUCCAUGGCUGGGUGGUUAAGGUCACUGACUGAAUAAAUUGCCAAUCACUGCUCUGGGUUUGAAACCUUGCCUCAGAUGUAGAAUUCUUCUAUGUGAGGAAGCCAUCCAGCUGGCUUAUGGAAAGUUUGUGGUUCUAUCUAGAGGCCUUUCUGUGCCUGAAAUAAUGCUGACAGAGGCACCUGGGAGCAUUCACCAUCAAGAGCUGGAAAGUUGCCAUAUGGUAAAACAUUGUUUGACUCUAAAUCCACCUAAAAACAAAGUCAUAGAGCUUUAGUCUGCUGGCUGCAAAUGAUUCUGCCUCUGCGACCAGUGCAGACCAAGAUUAGACUGCACAUCUAUGCAGUCUGAUCUUGGUCUGCACUGUUCGCUAUUCAGUCAGUAAAAUUUCUGUGAACACCCCUUUGAAUAACAAAUGGUACUGCCCAAAUUGAAUGAGAGACCAGUCCAUUUUAGAAAUUUAGCAGGGUAAAGGUUAAGCGAGGUUUUACUGUAAAGACCUAUAGACAUUAAAUGCUAGAGACUCUACACUGUUUUUAAUUUGCUAUCUGUUUACAAUUACAUGUUGCAAAAUGUGCUAUUUCUCUGGAUUAUAGCUGUUGUAAUAUUAUUAUGGAUUUAUGUAUCUCUCCAAGUUGGACAUUUCUGUCAGUCUGAACUCCUCUUUCUGUUGUUCUUUGGUAUGAAAUAUGGUCAGACAGCUUGUACUCCGCAAUGUUCAUUGCCUUAAAUUACAACUUUAGAUAAGUGCCAAUAAUCUGAAGAAUCUUGAAAAAUAUUCAUUUGUGUACAUUAUAUUGAACAAAAAAUAAUAUGUUAGGUUUUUAAUUUAAUGCUCAUGAAGGGAGAACUUCACAACCCAGGUAAGCAUGUCACAUUCAAAAUGUAGUCUUUAUACCUCCAAGGUCAGCAGGCAAGGGCACUUCACUUGAGGACAUUCAUCUCUUGCUAUUGACAUCUCUUGCUGUUUCUUUAAAUUUACGCUAGUUUUCACUUCAGAUUGUUAAAUUUUUGUUGCCAGCUAUGUAUACUUUUCCAAUAGGUACAGGUAUGUUUAUGUAUAUGACAAUGCAGAACUUUACCAAAGUUUUAUGCUUCAUCUGUGAUAAAGUUGCUAAAAAAAAGCAUUUAGACUACUGGUAGUUAACAGCUUAUUCCUAAUCUUUAUAUAAGUGAAUAAAUUUGAAGUGUUCCAAACUUUACAUUUUGUUGAACAGAACUAAAUGCAAGUUUUUGUAAGCUCUAACAAACUUUAGAGUAUUUGAUAUGUUAAGUUGUUGAAAAGUUUUGUGUACUUUAUAUCCCCAAAUAAGUGCUAGCAAGGGGCUUUUCAUUUUUCAAGUGAGGGUGUACUUAUUUUAGGCUUUGUGGUAGUGACAGUUCAAAGUUCAAGCUAUCCAGCUGGCUUACGGAAAGUCGGUGGUUCUACCCAGGUGCCCGCUCGUGAUGAAAUAAUGCAGGGAGGGGCAUCUGAGGUCUUCCUCCACCAUCAAAGCUGGAAAGUCGCCAUAUGACCUGAAUUGUGUUGGAGCGACUUUAAACCCAACUAAAUCAAAUCAAAUCAAAGUUCAAGUAAAAUUUUCUGUACAGAAAGACAUUAAUAAUUUAAAUGGAACCUUUAUGUUUUAGUUGUCUAGAUUUAGAUUCAAAUAUUAUCUGGUUAAAUACAAACAACAUCACUUUGGAGGAAGACUGUAAAAGCAUCUAUUUUCGCUUUGUCAAAAUUUCACGAUUUUGAAAUUUUCGCAAUGUUUGCCAGGUUUAAUAUUUGCGAAAUUGUAAAACUGGUAUCUUAUUUGAACUAGCAUUUUACAAAUGGUGUACAUUUACUCAAGGAUUAAUUUUUGCGUGAUGUAGUGCCUCGCGAAUAUAGCGAAAAUUAAACCCUCGCGAAAAUUUCUGCUUUUACAGUAGUUUAAUGGAAGAAAAUAGAGGGGACGAUGGAAUUUGAAGGUGCUUUACUGGAAUUGUAUUGAGAGAGGAACCUUAUUUGUGGGUAUAAGGUAUCGAGUAUUGUUUAUCGAUUAAUUGAGUGUCAUUAACAGUUCAGUUCACGAGUGUAAGGUUGUUGUGUUUUUGAUUGUGUAAUAUGUAAUGAAUUGUGUUUGAUUGACUAUUUACUAUUGCACUAAAGUGCUUGUAAAAUUGAGCAUUGUAUACUGUUUGAAUUUAAUAUGACAAUAAAGUGGUAUUAAUUUAUA